GGAAAAAGAAUCUUUGUUGUCAUACUUCAAUGAUUUGUUUUAUUAGCAUUAAAUCAGAGGCUUUAUUCUGGUUGCCGUUGUUCUUUUUGCUUUUUUUAUUAUAACAUGAGCAUCACUGACAGCGAAGUAGUUCCUAUUAUUGUCCAAUCAUACAUGGAUUGGGAACGACCUGCAGCCACAGCAGCAGAAGAGAAACUGAAAAAACAAAAAGAGGUCAACAGGAAAGAAGCCCCAUUAGGCGCUUCAGAACAAAGGGGUCCCUACGUAACAAAAAAAACGAACCUAAAGUCGUGAACCUAAUUAAUUUGAUGCAAGAAUUUGAGCAUAUGUUUAUAAGAGAAGCGGCCUCAAAAGUUGGGUUGGCAAAGUCAACAGCCAUACGCAAAAUCAAAGAAUGGAACAAACUGACAAAUAGCUCUAACCAAGGAGUUUUUCCUGAUACCAUCAACAAAAAGGAGCACAAAGGCCGAAAGGUUAUUCUUCAGGAUGUGCAUACUGUGUUUAUUUUCGAGUUACUAAUUAACGAGCCAACCUUGACAGUAGAAGCUAUUACUGAUCAGCUUUGCGCGACUUUCAAGGACAUUCAGAUUACUCCAAGAUCAGUAGCAACUCAUAUGAAAAAUAAAUGCCGUCUCACUUAUAAACGUAUUGUGCCACAGUACUUCGCACGGGACAGUGAAGAAACUAUUGUUAAAAGAUACAACGAAGUCAACUCUUGGAUUUCCCAAAAAUUAGAUUUUUUUAAUGAUUGCGUAUUCCUUGACGAAGCUGGAUUCAACAGGAAUAUGCAUCGAUCAUAUGGCUGGAGUGAAGUAGGAACUCUCUGUAAAAUUAAAGUUGAAACAAAGGGACCAAAUGUGACCAUACUAGAUGCUAAUUCUAAAGACAGUAUCAUCACUCUUUCGCGAAAGGAAAUCAUUACUGUAGCUGCAGCUGGGAAAAGGCAGCGAUUAGAUGACACUCCAGUUGUAAAGAAAAAAGGAACAACUGGUAAUG